AUGGGGAACAUGGAUGGGAAAAGCGUGGAGGAGCUGAGCACCACCGAGUGCCACCAGUGGUAUAAGAAGUUCAUGACAGAGUGUCCUUCUGGCCAGCUCACCCUGUAUGAGUUCAAACAGUUUUUUGGCUUGAGAAACCUGAGUCCAGCAGCAAACAGCUACGUUGAGCAAAUGUUUGAGACGUUUGACUUUAAUAAGGAUGGCUACAUGGAUUUUAUGGAGUAUGUGGCAGCUCUGAGCCUGGUCCUGAAAGGGAAGGUGGAUCAGAAGCUGAAAUGGUAUUUCAAGCUCUACGAUGUGGAUGGGAACGGCUGCAUUGACAGGGGAGAACUGCUGAACAUCAUCAAAGCCAUCCGAGCCAUCAACCGGUGCCAGGAGGAGGUGACUGCUGAGGAGUUCACAAACAUGGUGUUUGACAAGAUCGACAUCAACGGAGAUGGUGAGCUCUCCUUGGAAGAGUUCAUGGAUGGUGUGCAAAAGGAUCAGGAGCUGCUCGACAUCCUCACACGCAGCCUGGACCUGACACACAUCGUCCAGCUGAUCCAGAACGACGGGAAGAGGCCUGAAAAGAAAUCCGAUCAGUCAAAUCCAAUUCUGGCUGGGCUGUAA